CGCAGAGAAGCAGCAGCUCAGGGGGAGGGGGCGGUGAUUCAGGGACCGGACGUGACGCAGCGAGGGGUCAGGCCGCGCAAGCCGGAAACCCUGCAGGCGGCGAAGAUGGCGGAGAGCAGCGGUCGCGUCGGCAAGAGCAGCGGGAGUGGCGCGGGCAAGGGGGCGGUGUCGGCCGAGCAGGUAAUUGCUGGCUUCAAUCGCCUGCGGCAGGAACAGCGGGGCCUGGCAUCCAAAGCAGCUGAGCUGGAGAUGGAGUUGAAUGAGCAUAGCCUAGUGAUUGAUACACUGAAAGAGGUUGAUGAAACCCGAAAGUGCUACCGCAUGGUUGGAGGUGUGCUGGUAGAACGGACUGUCAAAGAGGUGCUGCCUGCCUUGGAGAAUAAUAAGGAGCAGAUACAGAAGAUCAUUGAGACACUUUCACAGCAACUUCAAGCAAAGGGAAAAGAACUCAAUGAGUUCCGGGAAAAGCACAACAUUCGUCUCAUGGGGGAAGAUGAGAAGCCAGCAGCCAAGGAAAACUCAGAAGGGGCUGGGGCUAAGGCCAGCUCAGCUGGAGUGCUGGUCUCCUAGGGACCAAGGCCUCUGCAUUUUUUUUUUUUUUUUACCCUGACUCCCACUGAUACUUUUCUCUUUAUUGUUAUUAUUAUUGUUAUUUUCUCUGCUAUUGUAAUAUUUUGUUUUUGUUAAUUAAAUGUUUUGAUCAGAAUGCUUA